ACCACCAUAACCAUAAUAAUUUUGUGAACCAAUAAAAAAUAAAAAUGUUAUCAUCUUGCAAUUGCAAUUGCAAUACAAUCAUAUUCUCUUUCCCCAAUAACAAACUAUUAUUGAAGCAUACGCAACUGAAACUGAAACUGAAACAUAGACAAACCGUGUCGGUAGCAGCUUCCAUUCACCACGACAGCCUCAGAGUUCUUGAAUGGGACAAACUCUCCGAUUUGGUCUCUUCCUUUGCUACCACUUCCUUGGGUCGUCAUGCCCUCAAGGAUCAACUAUGGUCCCAGAAUCAAACUUACGAAGAAAGUCUUAAACUUCUCGAAGAAACCAAUGCCGCAGUUGAAAUGCACAAACAUGGCUCUUGCAGGUUGCACUUCGGACAUAUUGAUGCUAUGCUGGUGCAAACUGCAAUUCAAAGUGCACGGAGAACCAUACUGGUAACUGGCUAUGAGGCAAAUGCUGUUUUAUCUCUUCUUCAGAGUGCUGACACUUUGCAGGGUGAUUUAAAAGCUACAAUUAAGCAAGACAAAGAUUGGUAUAGUCGUUUCAUGCCUCUUACAGAAGUGAUAAUGGAUCUUGUCAUCAAUCGAUCUUUGGUUAAAGAGAUAGAGCAAGUUAUUGAUGAAGAUGGCUCUAUCAAGGACUCUGCGAGUUCAGAGCUUAGAAAGUCACGUCAACAAGUACAAGUGCUUGAGAGAAAGGUACAACAGUUAAUGGAAAGCUUAAUCAGAAGUGAAAGGAGUGAAACAUCAAUUCUUGAAGUGAAUAACAUUGAUGGCAGGUGGUGCAUAAGAACUGAUUCUGGACAGAAAACAAGUUUUAAGGGCCUAUUGUUGUCCAGUAGUUCAGGAGUUGGAAGUACUAUCGAGCCACUUUCUGCUGUUCCCUUAAAUGAUGAGUUGCAGCGAGCAAGAAGUUUGGUAGCAAAGGCUGAGGCCGAUGUGCUCUUGGCAUUAACCAGAAAGAUUCAGCUGGACGUUGAUGAUAUUGAAAAGAUACUAGACAGUUUGGUUCAACUAGAUGUGAUUAAUGCCCGUGCUACCUAUGGUCUUUCAUUUGGAGGAUCAAAUCCCAAUAUAUUUCUUCCUGAUAGGAAUAACUCUUCUACUGCUGAAUCCUUAACAAGGAAUGACACUUUGAAUGGACCGUUACCUGACAAUAGGGAAUGGAUAUUGUAUCUUCCCAAAGCUUAUCAUCCUUUAUUACUCCAGAGCCAUAGGGCAAAUUUAAAGAAGGUUAAAGAGGAUGUCAAUAUUGCAACUUCAGUUUCUGCACUGGACAAAGCCCAACCACAGCCAGUACCAGUUGACUUUUUGGUAUCUAAUAAAACUCGUGUUAUAGUUAUAACUGGCCCUAAUACUGGCGGUAAAACGAUAUGUUUGAAGACUGUAGGAUUGGCUGCUAUGAUGGCAAAAUCAGGUCUCUAUGUUCUUGCUUCUGAAUCUGUGCAAAUUCCUUGGUUUGAUUCUGUUUUUGCUGACAUUGGUGAUGAGCAGUCCUUAUCACAGUCGCUGUCUACAUUCUCUGGCCACUUGAAACAGAUCAGUAAUAUUAAAUUGCAAUCAACAAGGCAGUCACUGGUGCUACUAGAUGAGGUUGGAGCAGGAACAAACCCCCUUGAAGGAGCAGCACUAGGAAUGUCAUUAUUGGAAUCUCUUGCUCAUGGCGGUUGUUUAUUGACUAUAGCAACGACUCAUCACGGUGAACUGAAAACCCUGAAAUACAGUAAUGAGGCCUUUGAAAAUGCAUGUAUGGAGUUUGACGAAGUGAAUUUGAAGCCAACUUACAAGGUUCUAUGGGGCAUACCUGGGCGCUCAAAUGCUAUUAAUAUAGCCGAGAGGCUUGGACUGCCCUCUGUUGUUAUAGAUGCUGCUCGGAAGUUAUAUGGUUCUUCUAGCGCGGAGAUUGAUGAGGUAAUUACUGAUAUGGAGAAGUUAAAACAAGAUUACCAACGGCUAUUAACUGAAGCAGAUCAUUAUCUGAUGCAAUCCAGAGGACUUCACGGUAGUCUAUUGAAAACCAGAAGGAAGAUCGCUGAACAUAGUACAAGUCUAAGACUUAAAAAACUGAGAGAUGUAUCCGAGGCUGCAGCAAUGUCAAGAUCCAUUCUUCACAAGAAGGUCAGGGAACUGGAUGCAUCAGCUAAGAAAACCUCACAGCACGACAAAGCCAUUAAGAGCUCUCGUGUAUCAACAACAAACAACCUCCAUACUGCAGCAGAUAAUAAAGAACCUGCUAGUACAAAUAAAAGUCCAUCUGUUGUUAAAAAAUUUGACAAAUCAUCAACAGUUAGGUCUGCAGCCCCUAAGGUUGGUGAUGCAGUAUACGUCUCUUCCCUCGGGAAAAAAGUGACAGUUUUAAAAGUGGACUCACCAAAAGGAGAAAUAUUAGUUCAAGCUGGAAUCAUGAAGCUGAAGCUAAAAGUAACUGACAUUCAGAGAUUGUAGAAAUUAGCAAGUCAUGGACAUGACCAUAAAUGAAGCCUGACGAGAGGUAAACUAAAAUGCAUGAGAUUCUGACAUCAAACUUUAGCUUAGGGGGCCAAGAAUACUAAUACCAUCUCAACAUGAAAUUGAUUUCAAGUCUGUAGCAGAUUGUUCUCAAAGGGAAAAGGUUGAUGCCUACUUUUUUAUCACCAAUCUGCUAAUUCUUCCUUUAAGUCGAGCAGAUCACUCCUAUUGCCAUUCUUACUAUAAGCGACUGACCUUUUUCAUGCUGGCUUUGUAUGGGUUGCCAUUAGGGGUUCCCACACUUUGAAUUAUGCAUACCUUGCUACUUGUACCAGCUAAACCAUCUUCUGACGUAGACAUGCCUCCUACUCCGUAUUGAUUCCUUUUCCUCAGUCUCUUAAAUUGGGGAGCAUGGUUUUGUUAGGCUGGGAAAAUUUCUGACAUUAUUGCAACCAUUGCUUAAAUUUGGACACACUGUUGAUAAGUUUUAUGUCUCGCAUGACUUCUCUUCUUGCCAUUGUUGCACAUAUUGCGCUACUUGCUUCCUAUGCUUGCUCUCCACCUCACUUGUUAAUUCUCACUCAGAAUAGAUUUGUAACAAGUUAAAAGAUUAGUAAGCUUUAGCCUGAGCGAAGCAUUCAGAAUUGAUUGAAGAAAUUUAUGGGCAUCUGAUGGUGCUUGCUUCGUAGAAAGAACAAUUAAACAUAUUCAGAAACAUGGCUUUUAGCAUGGUUGGUCGUAGAAUAUCUCUUCACUCUCUUCAAGAAAACACUAUUGGCCUUCCAUCAACUGCUUAGGAUCUUUUGGCUGGACAUUUUGAGAGGUCAAAUAUAAAGUGUUGUGUCAUGUGUCUGUGAAUAUAUAUACAUUGUCAGAGUAAAGAUUUUUACCAUUGUCAAUCAGUCAUAUUCGUCUGAUCAUUAACAAUGUUUGAUUUUGAUCAUAACUAUUCUAAAUCUUUAUAUAUGAUUGAUUUAUUGUGAUUUGUUGACAA